AUGAACCAUCGCGCAACCACACCAUUUUCUACCCCACGGCAGAGCAAAAACGAAAAUCUGAGCGAACAUGUACGCAGGGUGCUAGCCAAAAAGCAAAGGAAAAAGUUGAAGGAGGAAAGGGAGUUGUAUAAAGCUACCAAAGCGAUUAGUACACAAAACAAUGCACAAAGAAAAAUAAAUGCGAAGAACCAGCUGUCUUCUAACAGCUUUGUUGAAAAAAUGAAGGACAUUAACAAAGCCUUCCCUCACAUUAGAAGCAAGGAAGACAAAAAUUACAUGAGGGAGAAUUUUAUAAAGAUACAGGAUAAGGUCACUCUACAAAAGAAGGUGCUGGAACAGAAGGAAGAAGCAAAAAAUAAAAAGCCAUUCAAAAUGAAGAGGUUUGAAAAUGUAGCUUCUAAGGUAGCUACAAAUUUUCACAAAAAUGAAGAGAGCCCUCUGGGCCUAAGUAAGGCAACGCAGCCCAAGCGGGUCGUCACGGACGCAUCUGCCGCACACCAGGGGGAGCAGUACCACGCGGAGGGUGAAGAGGGGGAAUAUGCGACGGAAGAGGCAGAGGACGCAGAGUACGUGGAGGAGGAAGUAGAGUACGAGGAAGAGGAAGCAGAAUACGUGGAGGAGGAAGUAGAGUACGAGGAAGAGGAAGCAGAAUACGAACAGGACGAAGCAGCGUACGAGGAGGAUGAAGCAGAGUACGAGGAGGAUGAAGCAGAGUACGUGGAGGAAGAAGUAGAGUACGAGGAAGAUGCAGCGGAGUACAUGGAGGCCUCGCAACAAGGCCAAAGUGAGAAGCGCGAAGAUGCAGCCGCAGAAACAGGCCCGGUAAACGCCCCUGCUGAACGCCAAAGCAGCAUCAUUGAGAAGCUCUCGAAACGGGGGAGCGAACUACGGAGUAGCGACAAGGAGAAGCGGAACAACCUGCACAAGAAUUUUGGUAAACUACCCACCUAUAUGUUAAAGAAAAAAAAAGAUCUUGUGGAUGAGUCCACGGACGUGCCAGAGGGAUACAGAGUCCUGAAGAACGACGAACGGAACUACGUCUUAAAGGAGCUGCACUCACAACUCACCGAGACAACACAAGAAUACAAAACGAACAAAGACAAGUACAGGAAAAUUGAAUUGGGGAAAAAACUCAAAGAGUUAAAGGAGUCCAUAGAACUCUUAAGCAAGCCACAUGUCCUCGUCAACGAAAAUUUUUAG